AUGAUGGAGUUAAAGACAACUGGGCUCAUCGUCAUCUGUUUUUCACUGCUUCUUGGAUUUGUUGCAGCGCUGAACUGCACCAGCCCAACUCGUCAAUCCUUGUUUAAUGCGCUUGAAAAGGAAUUAUUUUCUGAAAAACUCCUUCCUGUAAAAGACUUCUCACAUCCAAUGAAUAUUAGCAUCGAAAUGGUUGUGCAGGGAAUCAUAGAUGUGAAUGAAAAAGCCCAAUCGAUGACAAUUUUCAUAUGGCAAGUCCUGGAGUGGCAAAUAGAGGGUCUGAGUUGGGAUGAGAAGGAAUGUGGAACUACAAGAGUCUCUGUCCCUCGGGAAAAGCUUUGGAUCCCAGAUGUCCAAAUCACAGAAUUCAUGGAUGAAGACAAAUCUCCCAAAACUCCCUAUGUCUACUUAUACAACACAGGACGUUUAUAUGAUGAUAAGCCAAUCAGAGUGGUCAGCUCCUGCAGAUUAGGAAUCUUUACUUUCCCUUUCGAUGUCCAAAACUGCUCGCUGACCUUUGGAUCAUAUCUACACUUUGAAAAUGACAUAAGGAUGACCAUAGGCACCACAGCCGCACAGGCUCUGGAGGAGUCCAAACAUGUGAUGGAGACCAAAGGGGAGUGGGAGCUUGUAGAUAUCCAAAUAUCUCCAGCUACCUUGGAGAUAACUGAUGGAAGCUACUCUGAGGUCAAAUUCUAUAUCAUUAUCAGACGUAGGCCAAUCCUGUAUGUGGUGAACCUCAUUAUGCCCAGCUGCUUCCUCGUCACACUGGACCUCUUCAGCUUCCUGCUGCCUCCCCAGAGUGUGGACCGGUCCUCCUUCAAGAUGACCCUCAUCCUGGGCUACACAGUCUUCCUGCUCAUCAUGAACGACCUGCUGCCUGUCACUGGAAAUGAAACACCUCUCUUGAAUGUUUUCUUCUUAAUCACUUUCUCUCUGAUGGUGGCCAGUCUGUUUGAGACAGUCUUUAUCAUCAAUCUCCAGUUCAGCUCCAGCCAUUGUAAUAAAGUGCCCCACUGGCUUGGUGUCCUUGUGUUAAAAUAUAUAGCUGUUGUCGUUUGUCUCCCUUCAAAAAGGAGGAGCAAUCGCGUCACAGUCUCUUUUCACCCAUCUGCUGGAGUGCAUACCAGCAGCAUCUCUUCAAGAGACCUUCAGAAGAUCGCUGGUGACACACUUCCAGAGAAACUCCCUCAUGAGCCGACCCUGGAUGAACUGAGGAAGCUGAGCAGAGAUCUCACUGCCAUCCGCCUGCAGAUGGACAAACACUUCGAGGGCAACAAAAACGCACAGGAAUGGGAAAUGAUCGGGAUAGUCCUUGACCGUCUGCUAUUUGGCUUGUACUCUGUCUUCCUCUCGAUCAGCUUUAUCGCAAUAAUUUGUAUCUGGAGAAGGAGUAACACGUAGAGGGAGUU